AUUCUCCGGCGCCAGGCGAUAGGAGGGGUUGGAGUGACGCUGGCUUCGCUGCCUAGCGCUUUGGUGCUGCUGAGCUGAGCAACGCUCUUCACCUGCAGAUGAGAGAGCGAGGGAAGUCGGGACGGGCUUUCUACUUCUGAAGAGCUCACCACUGCAAGUGCAGAGCACAGGGGUGGACGUACCAGCUAUCACACGGCGCGGGGAAAUUAUACACUUACCAGAGAAGAAAUACGAGUCGUGUCGCCUUUUCUAGCUCAAGCAGCCUCUGCUCGCUUGCAACGAUGAAAACUGCUCUCGUUCUCUUGCUGACAUCAGCCUUACAACAAGCCGCGUUUUGGGGGACUAAUGGAGACCUCGUGUCCAAAGCCCCCUGCAGACCCGGCUUCUCGCAAAGUUCCUACUCUGUGCUCAUUUCAAGGGAUGUACUGCAAAGCCAGAGCAUAAUUAAAGAUACCACCGUGUCAUCGCGGAAAGUGAGGUUUGAUGACUGUAUGGAGAACGAGGGGGUGGUCUUUCAGAGCGGUGACGCCAGGUUCAGCGUUGGGACCGAUGGGUCAAUCUACACCCAGAGAGAGGUGGCAGGCCUGAGCGGACCGGUCCAGUUCACGGUCACUGCCAGCGGUCCACACACACACGUGUGGGAGACAACGGUCAAACUGGCCCUGAUGGGGCAACCCACACCCUCACCGCCAGGCGAUCAGAUCAGAGUGGAACAGGGGAAAGAAGGAGAAAGGAAGGAGGAAGAGGGGGUCAAAGCACCACCAGAGUUCCAGGCCCCACCCACCGUCAUCAUGUUUCCCAGGCAAUGGGAGAUGAGCUCCAAGGGACUGCGGAGACAGAAGAGAGACUGGGUCAUUCCGCCAAUCAACGUGCCUGAAAACUCCAGAGGGCCCUUCCCGCAGAUGCUCGUCAGCAUCCGUUCGGACCAGGACCGUAACAUCUCCAUCCGGUACAGCAUCACGGGGGUGGGAGCGGACCAGCCACCCAAUGAGGUGUUCAGUAUCGACCCUGUUGCCGGGAAGAUGUUCGUCACCAAACCCCUGGACCGAGAGAGGAGAUCAUCUUACCAUCUUCGUGCCCAUGCAGUGAACAUGAAUGGUGAGCGGGUGGAGAGCCCCAUAGACCUGUACAUCUAUGUCAUAGACAUGAACGACAACCGGCCUGAAUUCAAGAACCAGGUCUACAACGGCUCUGUGGAUGAGGGCUCCAAACCAGGUACAUUUGUGAUGCACCUGGCAGCCUUCGAUAAUGACGACAACACCACGGCAAAUGGGAUGGUGCGCUACCGGAUCCUGUCCCAGACGCCACACAGCCCCAUCCCCAACAUGUUCACCAUCAACAGCGAGACUGGAGAUAUCGUCACCGUGGCAGCAGGCCUCGACCGCGAGAAAGUGUCCCAGUACAGCAUCAUAGUCCAGGCCACGGACAUGGAGGGCAACCUAAACUUUGGCCUGUCCAACACGGCCACUGCCAUCAUCUCUGUCACAGACAUCAACGACAACCCCCCGGAGCUCACCUCCAGAACCUUUUCAGGGGAGGUCCCAGAGAACCGGGUCAAUGUUGUGGUCGCCAACCUGACCGUGAUUGACCGGGACCAGCCACACUCGCCCAACUGGAAUGCUGUGUACAGGAUCAUCAGCGGAGACCCAAUAGGUCACUUCACCAUCAUCACCGACCAACACACCAACGACGGCAUGGUUACCGUAGUGAAGCCGGUGGACUUUGAGCAGAACAGGGCCUUCAUGUUGACGGUGGUGGUCAACAACCAGGCCCCGCUGGCAAGUGGGAUCCAGUCGUCCCUCCAGUCCACAUCUGGGGUCACCAUCUCCGUGGUAGACAUCAACGAACCGCCCUACUUCCCUACUAACCCCAAGUCCAUCCGCUUUGAGGAGGGCGUCCCCGCUGGCACCUCUCUCACCACAUUCUCAGCCAGCGACCCUGACCGUUUCAUGCAGCAGAGCAUCAGGUAUUCUAAGCUGGCUGACCCAGCUGACUGGCUGUCCAUCAACAACACCAACGGUCAGAUCAUCACCACGGCAACCCUGGACAGAGAGUCCAUCUACGUCAAAAACAACAUUUAUGAAGCCACCUUCCUUGCAGUUGACAAUGGCUCUCCCAUGGCCAGUGGUACAGGGACCCUCCAGAUCUAUCUGAUAGAUGUGAAUGACAACGCUCCGUCUCUGCUGCCCCGCGAGUCUCAGAUCUGUGAGCGCAUCAACCGUAACGCCGGCAUCAACAUCACGGCUGCAGACACAGACACGGACCCCAACGUAGGCCCUUUCGUCUUCGAGCUGCCCACGUUCCCUGCUAGCAUACGACGCAACUGGACAGUGUCACGUCUCAACGGUGACUAUGCCCGGUUAAGUUUACGGACCCAGUAUCUGGAGCCGGGGGUGUAUGAGGUGCCUGUGAUUGUGACCGAUUCGGGGAACCCUCCCCUCUCCAACAGGUCCAUUAUCAAGGUCAAGGUGUGUCCGUGUGAUGAGAACGGAGACUGCACCCUUGUCGGGGCUGUGGCUGCCGCUGGACUUGGGACUGGAGCCAUCAUAGCCAUUCUCGUCUGUAUCAUCAUACUGCUCAGUAUGGUGCUAGUGUUUGUACUGUGGAUGAAGCGCAGAGAGAAGGAGAGACAGACCAAACAGCUGCUGAUCGACCCAGAGGACGAUGUCAGAGAUAACAUCCUGAAAUACGAUGAGGAGGGAGGGGGAGAGGAGGACCAGGACUAUGACCUGAGCCAGCUGCAGCAGCCUGACUCCUUGGAGCACAUCAUCAGUAAGCCCCCAGGAGUACGGAGGGUGGACGAGCGCCCCAUCAUCCCUGAGUCCCAGUACCCCAUUCGACCGGUGGUCCCCCACCCUGGGGACAUCGGGGACUUCAUCAAUGAGGGUCUGCGGGCGGCAGACAAUGACCCCACGGCCCCUCCCUAUGACUCCCUCCUGGUGUUUGACUACGAGGGCAGCGGCUCUACGGUCGGCUCCGUCAGCUCCCUCAACUCCUCCAGCACAGGGGACCAGGACUACGACUACCUCAACGACUGGGGCCCCCGCUUCAAGAAGCUAGCCGACAUGUACGGGGGAGGGGACGAUGAAUAGGGCCACGGGGGCCUCAUUAAAGAUCCACUCCCCCAGCUGAACCCCCUCAGCUGGUCUGCCAUGCUCUCUCUGUCUCUCCAACCGUGGAGAGACAGAUAACACAGACACACACACACACACACACACACACACACACACACCAAUAUACACCACAAACACCAAUACACACACUAAUACACACCACACACAACAAUAUACACCACACACGGCAAUACACAUUACACACGACAAUACACACCACGCACGACAAUACACACCACACACACGAACCAACUGAACUGACCUAGCAACUGACCAAUCAAUCAAGCAACCGCCAUAGUGAACUGUGCAGUGAGGCAGCUUUGUCCUUCUGUACUGUAUUGUACUGUACUGAGCCCUCUCCUACUCCGAGGUGUGUGGGGGGAGGGAGGUAGAUUUUGGGGUUGGCUACUUUUGUUUUAUGUUAUUUAAAAAAUGUUUGAUUAUCUCAUGGUGUCCUCACUGUCCUUAAAUGCAAGCUAUUUCCUGGUUUUUGGAGGCCAUUGGCUUUCUAUUUCCCCAUCAGCCCCCAGCCUGUCCCUUUGCAGAUAGAUUGAGGUGCAUAUUGCGUGACGGGGAAGAAAAGAACAAAGAAACACAGAAAGUAAACUCCUUCCUCUGCGUGGAAGGCCCUGGUUUAAUCUCUCUGAACUUGAAUUCCAUAGAACAGAAGCACUGUUGUUUAAGAAGUGCCUUCAGUGGUGCGUAUUUUUUGCUGACUCCCGCUAACUCAGGAUUGGUGGCCAUUUUCUGGGCUAACGUGCACCCCGUCCUCCCCCGUCCCCUAAUUACCCCUCACCUUUCAAUUGUGACCUUCCUGUCCCUUUUCCUGUGUGUCAUAUCCAUCACCCUGCAAUGUAACACGGGCAGAUGCAGUAUAAGUUGCAGAGGGGAUUUGCCUUUGGAGGUGAGGGGGUAUCAUUGGUGUGAAUUUCGGAGAGGGAGUGCUCUGUACAAAGACAGACAGUAUAUCUCCUUAGGUGAAGGACAAAUCUUUUCUUUCCAAUCUGGCACAUCUGAGCUUCUUAUGCACAGCCAUCACCUGUGUGACAAUAGGAAUCAUCACACUGACACAGAAUGGGACUGUGUCGUUAGACAACAUGUAUUUACUGUAUUCGAACAGUGUGUACCCUCUGAGAGCAGUUGAGUUUGGAUGGUUUUGUGACUUUGUGGUUUUGAGUUCGCAUUACUUUGCACUUUUAACUUAGUGAGGCUGUGUGAGCUAGGGAUAGAGGGAUGACGAGUCAUUUUUAAUGUGAAAGAAAUUAAUCCAUAGGAGGAUUUUCUUUCUUUACCUAGUCUCUAUUCUUAGAUGAAGGAUAUGGGUGGGUUGCAUGGUUCUGUCCCCCGUUUCCAAAUGUUGUCAACUUGGCACUAGUUGUCUUGUGGUCUUAUUGGUCAAUGUGUUGAGGAAAACUAUAUAAACUGUAAAAAGAUGAGAAAAAGGGUGUAAAAGUAGAUCUUUUUUAAGUAUUAGAACAAACCGUUUGUGCUCCAUUUCUGUUAGCAUUGCUGGCAGAGAAGACAAAUUGUGAGACCCAAAGUUUCAAGCUUCGACUUAACUUUUUUUUGUGCUGAUUCACUGUUGUGUCUUGACACACUUUUGAUAUACCAUCUCUGAUGCUGGUCCCCGUCGCAGCAACAGAGAGAGCGAGAAAGCGAGCUGAGAUUCUGUCAGGGACUUAGCAAGCGCCACAAUCUGUCUCUCCUCAGACACUUUCAUUCAUUUGAAAUGCAAGAGGUUUUGAAAACAUGUAGGAGAAAAUAUGUCUCUUACAAACUUUUUGGCAAAGAGUGAUGGAGAAGAACUGCACUUUACCAAAGCAGGGUUUAAUAGUGCUAAACAUUUCACUCUUUAGAGAAGAAGGUGCCUAUGAGGAACAGAUAUUUUAUUGUCUUUUGUGAAAAUACCACUACCCAACAUUCCUAUGAUAUACAGUACAUUUCCCCCGGUUAUACAAGUUAUACACUUGUUUCUCACUCACACACCGGCAGAAGUCCUUUUGUAAAUGACCUUUCACAUAGUGUUCCCAUGUUCCCAGUUGAGGAGAUGCUGAAGAAAUCAACACGGCUUCUCUCACACUGCCCAUUCACACAGUCCGCUCAUUCUCUCAGCAGUUAACUGAGUCCAUCGGAAUGUUUUGCUCUUUCAAAAAUGUCAGCUGAGUUCAAUGUAAUUUCAGUUGAGAUUUACACUUGAGAGAAAUGUGGUUUCUAUACGUAGAGAUACUUCUCUCUCCCUAAGCUCUUUCUCUCUUAUGGUGGAUUUGAUAGAGAUUGGGCAGGGUUAUAUAUUUAAUUCAUACUCCAGUUACCCUUCGUAAUAAAGAGGAUGAUGGAUCCUUCCAGGUAGUCUCCUUGACAGAGAGAGAGAGAGAGAGAGCCUUUAAACUCCUAGAUAAGAUAUGAGGAGAGGAGGACUCUCAGCGUCCCAUGCUCUUCCUCCCAGCUUCCCCUUCUCUAUCAGGUCUUUACACACUACAUCCAGCAUCUCUUCGUCACAUCUUCCUCUGGAGAAAAAAGAUAUGUACAGUAUGCCUUACAGAGAGGGGAGGGGAAUGGAGGGAGGGGGGGAUAGGGGCAGAGAGGUGGGAGGAAGCAAGAUGAUAGGAAGGGCACUGAAAGGGGGAGUAGGUCAUUUAUGGGCUGUUGAAUAACAGUGAGUUGGACCCCAAACCUACCUGAUGUAGAGUGACAGGGCAUCAGUGGGUAUGAACUUUGACCCUCUGGUCCUGCUGUGUACCGACAAUGCCUUUGGAUGGUGACAUACACAGAAGCAGGAAGCGGUAUUUAGGGUUUCCACCUUACCUCUCGCUAUCGCAAAGUAGGAUUAGUGCUCCUCUCUUCACUAAAGCUUAGCUCAAUGCACUCACUCACUCACUCACUCACUCACUCACUCACUCACUCACUCACUCACUCACUCACUCACUCACUCACUCACUCACUCACUCACUCACUCACUCACACACACACACACACACACACACACACACAUACACACACACACACACACACACACACACACACAUUACACAGCUGCUGCUGUUCAUGAUUCAUGAUUAUCUCCGACAUAUAAAUGUUGUACAUCAACUUUUAUUUUUUACACAUUUUGUUGUUUUGUACAUUUGUUCUCUUUAUAUUCUCCACCCUGUGUUUUGUUUUCUCUGUUGUUCGACGAGUAGCCUAGCCAGCCUGCUCGCAAGCUUCAAAUCACCAUAAAAGCCAUUUGCGUUCACUGAAGAUUCAAAGAGACUCAUACGCUCACAGCCAUACUUGUUUAUGUGGGUGUUCUGUUCAAGGUUGGCGUCAAUAUUACAUUACACGACGUCCUCCUAUACAUAUUUGCACUCAACCUUUCUGGGCAUCACCCUGCAUGUCAACCCAUAUCGAUAAGGCCUCCUUGCUAUGCCCCACCCGAGAGAGUCCAGCCUGGCUGAAUGCCAGACAGCCUGAUGGUCCCUCAAGACUGUCAAAUAUUCACCUGCAUGGGUGGCAGCGAACAGAGACGAGAUAGACCCAGGCACUUCAUGUUCCCACUUUACAUAAGGCUGCUGUCAUAAGUGCUACAUAGCAUCAUCACGUGAAUAGGCUGCUGCCUGUCAUAGUGAAUGUGUCAUGAUCUAGGAGUUAUUAGUGAGACAAAUGAAGCUGUGCCAUUCAAAUGCUAUGAGGGGAUGAGAGGGAAGCCAUGGAGGGGUGAAAUGAAGGUGUUGGAUAAAUGAAGGCUUGAAUUGGAGGUUUGAAGGAUUGGAUUAUGCAAAGGUGGUUGUGGUUAGGUGGUUGGGGUGAAUGGAUGCUAUUGGUGUGACAAUGACACUCACAGGGGAACUGGGAUCAGGAUGUGUGGAUUUGUGCAUCCACGUCUUAAUUUGGCAUAUUGAAGCAGGAGCUCGCGGGAGGCUAAAGUAUACAAAUAAAUUCCUUGAGCAAAAGCUUGGCAUGAAUGAUAUAGUGGGAGGAAUGCAGUAUGUUUAGCUUCUGCAGAUGUAUUUCAGAUUUAGUAUCUGUGUGUACGGCUUGGCCCUACUCUACAGUGUACACUCCCUUUUACCAUAAGGCCUGCACACAAGCAAUCAAGUCUGUCUGUCCAUGUCUGUCUGUCCCUAGACAGAAGUGGUCAUCUUCUGUUAGCCUUUGAACGGUUACCCUCACUGGAGGACCACAGAUCCUGAAAGCUCUCCCCAAUCCAUGGGGUGUUCUGCGCUCUAUCCAACUGCAGGAGACUCCCAACAAGUUAGUUACAGUGUUAGACAUAGCCUACACUUUCACCAGGAACGCACAGAAACAUGACAGUGUCUGAGUCUCAAAUGGCCCCUUGUUCUCCAUAUAGUACACUACCGUGGUUGAAAGUAAUGCACUAUAAGGGAUAGGAUAUGAUUUGAGACACAACCAAUGUCGUAUUGGAGUCGCCCCGAUGUUGCUCACGUCUGAGUGUACAUAAUGUAGUAAUUGCUUGAAGCUAAACAGAUCAAGUUAGGCAACAUAUAACUGUACAAUUUGAGCUUUUUUGCAUGUGUCUUUUUAUAAUGGGCAGAAGAAGAAUUCUAUAACAGUUAUCAUAAAGAUAAUUUUAAAGCGUGUAGCAGCCCGCAUGACCGAGGUUGCGGUCCAGAAGGACUUCUGGUAUGUACCAUACUCACAUAAACUCAAAUGGAGAAAAAAAUGAAAUGGAAAACAAUCUAAAACGCUUAAAAAAAAAGAAUAAUUGCACAGUUAUCAAGGUAAGAUACUUUUUUUGUAAACUGUCAACAGCACAACUAUUUUGUAUUGUUGUUUGUACCAUUUUGUAUGAAAAAAGAAAAAAACUUGAACAAAAAGGGAAAGAGUGUGUUGUUUUAAGCGUGUGUUUCUAGUGCCACUGCGACCUUGGUUUCCAAAUACAGUACAGUACAUACGCAGCCUUGCAGAUAAACCUUGUAAUAUAGAUGCUGAGUUGGCGACUCCACGUCAGCGCCCCCUGUGUUAUAAAUAAAGUUUCCCCUCCUUAUGCAAA